AUGGAGAUUCUUCCUCGCGAGAUCAAGUGGCACAUUUGCCGCUUUGUCAAAGCCGACCCUUCUGGUAUCCUAGCCCCCCUUAGCCUGACAAGCCGAGAGUGGUAUGAUGCGACGGCUCCUAUUCUCUAUGAAACUCUCAAAGUUAGGUUUGGGCAUAGUGUGAGUCUUCAAAAAGCUGUCUCAGAGCUGAAGGAGGUUGGUCGCGGGCGACUCUUUUUGAAGUAUGCUCGAAGGCUAGAUAUCGUUUUCCUUAUGGAACUUGUCCACUACGGCCUCCCGGCUUCGGAGAGAACCUUUCUAAAGUACUGCUUGAAAGAGUACCUUGGCCCAGAUUUCUGGCCUUAUAUUUUAAAGCUCCGUGAGCUAAAUUAUGUAGUAGAUAUGACCAUGUACCCACCAUUACUCCAGCAAGUCUUACGCCAAUAUCAUCCAAUGUGCCGCCUAAACAUCUGGCCUUUCCAAGAUGUAAGUCUUGAUUCGCAUAUUCUGCCACGAAUCCAACAUCCCCGUGCUUUCAAGAACUUUGAUAUUCUUCUUCGUUCGUCGGGGCUGCAUACUGUUGCCGUGGAUUAUUUCAUGAAUGAAGUCGGGAGACCUUGGGUGCAUUCCAACGAAAUUCUAUCGAUCAUAUGCAUGACUCCAAAUCUUAAGCAUCUUAAUAUACGCGGAAGAAGUUCUCGUUCUCUAACUUUGCUGAAACCGAUGGGCAAAGAAAGUACUGCGAAUGAGAAGCCCAGCCCAGCAGCAUGCUUAGUUUCACUCUCUUUUACGUCGCCGGCUCGCUGUGGACCUUGGGAAGUAACGCUGCCCGAACUGGCAAAUAUGGUCGAUCUUUCACGGCUUCAUUCACUGGAUAUCUCGAUUCACUCGGAUCCUACACUGUUAAUGCGAGCUGCUUCAAUCUUAACAAGUCUGGAAAGACUGUUCUUGAUGAUGGAUCCAUGGAAGGCCAUACACUCGAUACACGUAUCCGCUAUUCGACAGUCACGAUAUCACUGA